AUGACGAUAAACUACAACCUGGCAGUGUCCACCUCGAAGCCGUGGACACUGUUCAAGUUGCUACUGAAAUGGCGUGGAAGUAUCUGGAAGGCUGUGAUUCUGGAAUUGGCCGUUUGGUUGGUACUGUACGGGAUACUAAGCGUCAUCUAUCGAACCGCACUGAAUCCCAUGCAACAGAGAACAUUUGAGCGGAUAGUUCAGUACUGUGACAGCCGGUUAUCAUAUAUUCCGUUAAAUUUCAUGUUGGGCUUUUUUGUGACGGCUGUGGUCAACAGAUGGACAUAUUUGUAUCAGAUUAUUGGUUUCAUUGAUAACAUCGGUCUAAUGGCUGCUGAAUACGUCCGCGGUCGUACUGAACAAGCCCGAAUGUAUCGUCGUAACAUUGUCCGUUACUGCGAGCUGGCCCAAGUGCUCGUCUUCCGAGACAUCAGUAUGCGUACCCGCCGACGAUUCCCAACACUAGAUACGGUAGUUGCCGCAGGAUUUAUGAUGCCUCAUGAAAAGGAGAGAUAUGAUGAGAUACAGUACAAAUACUCGAAAUAUUGGGUACCAUUUCAAUGGGCAUUCAGUUUGACCUACGAGGCGAGGAAAAAAGGACUGAUUGAGAGUGAUUAUUAUCAAGUCGUUGUGCAGGAUGAGAUUAAGAAAUUCCGUACGGGUCUCGCAUGGAUUUGUAACUAUGAUUGGGUGCCAAUCCCAAUUAUGUACCCUCAACUUGUCUGUUUAGCAGUACACACGUACUUUCUCGUGUGUCUAUUGGCACGACAGUAUAUUGUAUCCGAGCAUGCGGAUAAUAAAACCGAGGUUAGUUUGGUAAAAUUGACAUUUUUAGAUCUGAAGAGAGACGACUUCUGGGAUGAGGAAGUCGAGCCAUUGUAUUCUGAAGAGACAGCGAAGAUUCCAAAUAACCCUCUGAAGGGAUCAGUGUCUGAAGUGAAACUUCCGGAAUACGUUCAUGAGAUUAAAAUGGUGCCACAUUGUGAUGAUACGUCGCCGCUGGUGCCUGGAGACGAGAUGAGGAGGAGACGGGUUUCAGUUGUACCUGUCAAACCAUCCGACCAACAACACCAUCACCACGGCCAUCGAACUAGGACAUCAUUGGGCAAUAUUGAAAUGUUCCGAAGUUUCAAGAACAAAAUCGAGAGAUCAUUCUCGAAGCCCCAUCUACACGACGACUUGGGUCGAAAAACGUUCUCCCAUGGAAUGUUAGAAAACAUGGAAUUUGACCAAUCACAGGGCAAAAGCGACGGUGGCUCACCGGCCAACAACAACUCCUUCACGAAUUCAGCAUUCGUGAAUUCUGGAGAAGACAUCUCUGCGAAACGCAUCGACACGUCGUCCAGCCAACCGCAGUUGUCAUCCGGAAAACGUGGAAGUGAGCAUCAAUUCCAACAUCACGUUCUAGAUGACGUCAUCGAAGACGAUGAAUCUGAUGAGAAUCAGUUGACGUUGAGAAAGAAGACGUCAGUUUUUGAGCCGGCUAUUACUCUAGUGGAGCGGUUUAAUGAGACAACUGGACAGUUGGAAGUGAAGAAAAUAGAGGAAGAAAAGGAAGAAGAGAAGAAGAAGGAAGAAGAGAACCCUUUAGAGACAAUAAGUCUUCUUUUUACCAAAACCUGUUCCAGCCGCCCAUCCCGAACCACCCGUCCAUUCUUCAUCGGCGUCGUUCGCUCGGAGUCCGAAGACCAGGGCCAUCCACACCUCAGCCCGCCGACGACUAAAUUUGAAUAA